AUGGAUACGGAACAGUACGCCUCCGCGUCCGCCCCGACAAAUCUACGAUGGCUGUGCAGAGCUCCGUACGUUGAGAAUUACAAGCUGCCCGGCCGAAGAGCCUCAUCGGAGGUCCUCGUCGGGGCCUUUCGCCUCGUAGACGCUCUCAGCCAACAGCCUGAAAGCAUUUCGUUUCGUUUCCAACCACCUUUGUCGAUGAGUUUGCUACUGAGGUUCUCAAGUGGCUUGAUCGUCAAUUCAGACACUGUAGCCAACCGAUUGUCAACCGUCGGGGGUAACAGUUUGGGCCAGUCAUCGGGCCCGUGUACGGUCGUCGACGUUUGUUCCACCGCUACAGACGCCCUGGGAGGCUGCCCGACUUUCUUUGAUUCGCUCUUUAGUUCUCUCUCGUCACAACUAAAUCAUUCCCACGUUCAACUCUCUCCGGCCGGCGUUGCAGUACUGCAAACACCCUCCCGUCACCUCGGCCCAACUCUCGCACAGCAUACAUGUUCUCAGUGGCCGGUCUUUAAAAUAGACGACGUCAAAGUUCGCCAUGGCCUUUACAACUUACUCGCGGUCUGUGGCACUGGUCUUUACCUGCUGAAGCCAGUUGCCGUCGUUCUGUUCGCCAAGUGGGUGCCAGCAGCGCUCUGCCCCAACGAGAAUCCAAGUUCCCAGAUCAGUGGAAAUUCAUCUACAGGCUGGCGAGCCUUUAGUGAUUUACUCGCCCGCCCGACGAUUCCACAGCUCCUUCGAGAACUGUACACCGCGCCUGGACUGUACCUUAAGCAUCUCGUGUACAUACCAAAGAGCAGCACUACAGGCGGUGGUUCUGAAAAGACUAGCGGAUCCGGGGGCGUGGCCUCUGGAACUGACCAAAGUCGAAGAAGGAAGAGAGCUACCAAGUCAAGCGGGAGCACUGCUUCUAGCACCACGAGCCGCGGGCGUGGUGAAAAACGCCCGCGUGUCGCAGUCGCCCCCAAAGCCAAAGCAGUCAGGAAGGGCAGGCUUUUCGCGUGCCACUUUUACGCGCACGACACUGUCGCCCAUGAGUGCUGCCGUCAUUACAAAUUCGACGAAGUUAGGGACAUCAGGAGACACUUGACAGAAGAAGGCAGAGGCAACCACCGGCAACCCAUUCACUGUGUCAUUUGCUUUUCCUUGUUCACCACAUUCGCAGAACGUAGUGCACAUAUCAGGUCACAAACAUGCCGCCCCGGUGUCUGUGAUUUUGAUGCUUCCGGUCUAAAUGAAGACCAAAUAGCGUCUAUUCGAGGACUGAAGAAGUCUCGCAGUGAUGAUCAGAAGGAAUUUUGGUUCAAGAUCUGGGACAUCAUCUUUCCGGGCGAGCAGAGACCUGCAUCGCCCUACUCUGAAGACGUCGACGAGCUUGCGACAAGACGACGAGUGGCUCCCAGAAUGGUUGUUGGCGUGCAGCAGCUUGGGCUACAGCUUGGGUGGAGUGACCACGACGUCCAAGCAGUCAUUCGCGUGUUGGACAGCAGCUGGGGUCAAGGCCCGGGAGUACCGCCAUCGACAGUUGAGCAACACAAUUCCUCUCAAGCUGCCAACGGCACCCGGGGGCCACCAUCUUCACCUAUCCAGAACCAGGUGUUUUCCGGUUCCGCUCCGACGGCGGCUUCUCUUAUGUCUCCUCCAAACUCAUUGGGUCCGACAAACAUAACCUACAUCGGUGGAUCGCAGCCCCGCUCAACGUUGGAUUCCUUUCAGAGCCCGUAUCAACCAUUCAAUGCUCCAAGGGACUCUCAUCAGGCUCGGGCAGCACACAUAUCAUACAAUUUAGCGUUAAUGGAUCACCAUAGCUCCGCUGCUCAGCAGCACUGGACAGCGCACCAAACCAAUAGGUCUGGCUUCAGAACAAAUCCCAUGCUCAACACCACCUCCCCCCAAGUGCACUACGCAGCCAUGAGGCAAACUCAAUCGCGAUUCAAUACUACAGAACCUGGGGUCAACGUCUUUCCGCAAGGAUUGAACCAGCCACAACCAGCGAACAACCCGGUAAUUACCGACAACUGGGCGCGUCUGCUCGACGGACAUACCAUCGCGUCCGACAACGAAGGUUACCAGUCACCCAGCAACCUCCUCCCGCCAGAACACUGCGAAUGCCGGCGCGAACCGGGAAGGUCUCCGAGGCCGUGCUUCUUACACUGUUAA